AGCAACAGAGCAACAGAGCAACAGAGCAACAGAGCAACAGAGCCUGAUAUCCCCAACGUGUCAAGUCUCUCUUCUCUUAUGCCCUGCCAGCCUGUUUCGCCUCUGCGCACGUGGUGGGGCCUAGCGGCUGAUCGCUGCCCCUAGAGCUCGCGGUCUAACCAUACGCGACGUGCAGCUUCGUCAUUGCCAUUUCCUCUCCUCGCCGCCGUCUUGUCUCAGGGGGGAGGGAGAGUACCCGACAGACCAAGUGAAGAUUAGCUCGUGGAGUUGCAUCUGCCCCAUCCUUGGUUACAACAAUCCCCCUCGUCAAUUUGUCGCGGGACGCGAGGCGUCUCUGUGGCGCCUCAUGACGCCAAAUGCCGUGCUCCCAAUGCAGCCAGGUACCUGUUACCAACUUUGCCCAGCCUGCCAGCCUGCCAGCCUGCCUUGGUGUCUCUCCAAGCGGCAGUCCGGCGCCAAUGCAUCCUCAGCCGUAACACAUUGACCUUCUCGUCUUGUCCCCUUCCUGACCAGGAUUCUCACGGGAGCUCUGUGUGACUAGCCUGUGAGGGAUGACGACGGAGUGUCUGCCCUGGUGUGCAAACGAAAUCCCCCCAUGGUACGGCCUCAUGGCUGACCCGGCAAGCCAGUUCGCGGAUACAUGGGUACCUAGGUAGGUACUCACGAAUCUGGUGUGAUGACGACUGCGGGGGCGGGAAGUGCCAUGUCUGGCCCAAGAGGCCAGGAGAGUCUGGGUAUAGUAUGCAGGUAGCAGCGAAAACAUGUACCAGCCUGUUUGCAUUGAGACAAGCAGACCAAAGUGGGUACAAGGUACCCCAGGCCGUUUCUGUCGUUUGUUGGCCGUCUCGGAAGUUUGAGAUCAAAAUGAUGCAAUGGGUUUCCCCAUGCCCAGAGCAAGCCUGCCUGAUGGGCUCCUCCUACCUAUCCUGAGGCCAACGCUCAUGUUUAUAUAAAUCCCAUCUUCCCCUUCCCCAUCUCCCACAGGACCACCAUCAUCCAUCACUCACAAUCACAAUAGCAGCCUGAUUUCUUGAUACCCAUUUCAUCAACCUUAAAAACAACCGUUUUGAGAACAUCACCUCACCAAACAACCCAAACAAGCAACCAACCAUCAACAUGUCUGGAAUCAUCAACAAGGUCAAGGACGCUCUCCACUCCGACAAGGCUCACGAGCAGCCCGAGGGAACCCACGGUCCUCACUCUAGCCGUGCCGCCAACGCCGCCGACCCGCGUAUCGACUCGGACCGGGACGGGCGUGCCAACCCAGCCACUGGUACCAGCAGCACGCACACCGGAGGCAUCAGCUCCACCGGCACUCACUCCACCGGCACUCACUCCACCGGUACACACACCGGCACGACUGGUAGCAGCCAUGUGACGGGCUACGAUGACCCCACUGGCACCCACGGACCUCACGGACGUGUUGGCAACGCUGUUGACCCUCGAGUCGAUUCCGAUGCUGACCACCGCGGCGCGCCAGGUGUUGGUUCCACUGGCCACACUGGAGGCAUCGGCUCUACAAGCACCCACACAGGAGGUAUUGGCUCUACUGGCACUCACAGCACCGGAGGCAUCGGAUCGACGGGCACUCACAGUGCUGGAGGCAUCGGCUCCACGGGCACUCACACCGGAGGCCUUGGCUCCACUGGUACCCAUGCCGGCGCAGGAACCACAGGCUACAACGACCCUGCAGGCACUCACGGCACUCACAGCUCCAAGGUUGCAAACGUCGCGGAUCCCCGCAUCGACAGCGACCGUGACCACCGUGGAGCUCCAGGCGCCGUCGGUACAUCUCACAUCGGCUCCGGUCCCGGCCCUGCCUCCAACACUGCCGGCCCUCACAAGUCCGACCUCUUGAACAAGGCCGACCCUCGUGUCGACAGCGACCUCGACGGAUCCAAGACGGUCGGAGGCAACAAGACCUACCAGCAGUAAGUUCCUGACUGGCAACUCUUCAGUCGCCCACAAGGACCCCACGGAUGCUGCCCAGGUUCCUCCAUCAGUGCUCCGUCAGCACGUGGGUGAUCCUGACGUUCUGCACAACGACCCUCACCACGGUCAUGACCAGAGGCACGGGUCUGUGUCUCACCAAGAGGCACAUGUUGUGGGCAAGACUGUUUAAUGGAUCAGCAAUUUGGUUUUCACGUGGUCGUUCCUGCAUCAUUAGUGUUUAUGACUCCUAAUUAGUCUCUAAUACCAAUACCCAUGCUUCUACCAAA